AUGUCUCAAAGACGUUUCAAAGUCAUCAUUAUUGGCGGUUCCGUAACGGGCCUGACGUUGGCUCACAGCUUGCAUAAAAUUGGAGUUGACUAUGUAGUCCUCGAGAAAAGGCACACAGUCACACCACAGGAAGGGGCGUCCAUUGGAAUAUUGCCCAAUGGCGCUAGGAUAUUAGAUCAACUUGGUCUCUAUGAAGCUAUCAAGGAUGAGGCGCCACCUCUAGGGGCCACACGUAUCCAUUUUCCAGACAAAUUCGUUUUCACCAGCUUGUAUCCCAGCAAAAUUCUUGAAAAUUUCGGGUAUCCAAUCGUUUUCUUAGAGAGAAGACAACUUCUCCGCAUUUUAUAUGAUGCUCUUCCUGAUAAGACAAAGCUUCACGUCAACAAGACCGUGUCUACUAUUGAGCAUUUCACAAAGGAUCAAGUGGGAGGUGCUCGCGUCUUGACCAAGGAGGGGGAUGUGUAUGAAGGAGAUCUAGUUGUUGGUGCCGACGGAGUACACAGUCAGACUCGGAGAGAGAUUUGGCGUCGGAUAACCUCGUCAAAGUCGGUUGCUGAAACAGCUGCGUCCAUCGAUAAAUAUAUUCUAAUAGAGUAUUCCUGCUGCUUUGGUAUUUCAAAAUGCGUCACAGGCCUCACUUCCGGAGAGCAAGUUAUGCAUAUGGAAAAUGGACGAACCCUAGUGGUAAUUCCAUCUAAAGAUAAGGUGGUGUUUUGGUUCUUGGUCGAAAAGCUUGAUCGAACAUAUAGAUACAGUGAAGCCCCUCGAUUCACGGCUGAUGAUGCAACCGCACUAUGCUCGCAAGCCUUCACGCUACCAAUUAAGAACGGCAUUACAUUCGAGGAUAUUUGGAAUAAAAGAGAUGUUGUCAACAUGCUUGGCCUGGAAGAGAGCUGUCUCAGCACGUGGUCAACUGGUAGACUGGUCUGCAUUGGCGAUAGUAUUCACAAGAUGACAAUCAACCUUGGACAGGGAGCUAAUUGUGCUAUUGAAGACGUGGCUGUUUUGUCCAACCUACUACGAAAUAUAUGCGAAGCAAAUUCUGGCACACUACCAACGGAGCUAGAAAUUGAUCUGUUGCUCAGAAGAUUUAAGAAGGAACACCUCUCUAGAGUAACGCAGAUUACUAACAUGUCGAGGCUGACAGUCCGUGUUCAUGCCCGAAAGGGACUGCUUCACAGGUUUAUUGGAAGAUAUGUAAUGCCAUACUUUGGCGAAUAUUUCGAAGCUCGACCUUUCAACAUGCUUGCUGAUGCUGCUGCCUUGGAUUUUAUACCUCUUCCCAAGUCAUCAUUCCCAGGUUGGGAAAAAGCAUAUAACGACCAAUGCCGUAACCCUCUCGGGGGCCUUGGCAAAGGGCCAGAGGAACAGAAUAACGGCUAUGGGGAGCAGUCGAGCAUAUCACACAAUCACGCCGUAACUUCAGUUUGGGAUAUUGUGGCUGAUCAUGUUCGAGUGUUUUCGUCACGAGCUUCAGGAGCAGAAUACUUCCCCGAAGAACCCGGAACCAUGACGCCUGCUAUUGGAUUUCCCGGUUGCCCAUUAGCCAGGCUGUUAGAGCCUCAUACUUUCUACGUGGCAUCAUCGAGUGGACGCCCAUGGUCUAGCAUUGCGGCACUCGUGGCGAUCCCUGCUCCCUGCGCACCGGCAGACGAAGCGCUACGAGGCGAGGCUGUGAAGCAGACUCCUCGGAACGCGGAAAUAAAGCGAUACUACGCCCAGCAUUUAUGGAAUCCGCGAAAUUAG